AUGGUGUGCUGUUUUGUUGCGUGUUGGUGUGUUGUGCUGGCAUGCAUUGUGUGGCGGCAUCGUGUGGCGACAGGGCUUAGUGUAGAGGUGUUGGCUGGAGGCCUGUGUCUGUCAGUCCGGUACCGGUCGGCUGGACAGGAUCCACUUGAAGUCCUAAUCUCAACAACCCACGACAAGCCCCUGCGUCCUGGUUUGCGGCCUUCGAAGGGUGUGCACUUGGGCCUGACCCAGGCCGAGACAGGCCCAACGACCGAUUAG